UUGCAUGGUUUGGAUUUCUUCUUUCUCAGGAAGUAAUUCCUUAUCAUCUCUCUACGUCCCCCAUUCUGUCUGAGGGAACUGCUUUAAUGGAAGCUCAGCUGAAGAGGAACUCAAUUGACAGGAUAAGAAACCUGGACAACAGUGUAUCCUCACAAGUACCACCCCAAGCUCAUGGAUCCCAGCCUGGUAAUGAAACAUCUCCCGUCUGUAGCUCUGUGAAAAAGAGGAGGAAAAAGAGGAGGAAGUCUACCCACAAAGUAGACAGCUUAAAAAGAGAAGAUAUCGGAGACACAUCAGAAGAUGAAGACAUGUUUCCUAUAGAGAUUAGCUCAGAGGAAGAAAAGGAACCAUUGGACAACUCAAGGAUUCUUGUUCCAGAUGUUUUUGUUGAUGAUGUAUCUGAUAUAAAGGCUCCUGCUGUUUCUACUUAUUCCCAGUCCUCAUCUUACCCACGUUCGGAUGGGGAAUGGUCACCUAUUCAAAGGUAAUUUUUUGAUGGUACAGUCCUAGAUAUU